AUGGGAUCAUCUUCAUCAAAACAUCAUCAUCAUCAUCAUCAUCAUAAUAAUAAUAAUAAUAAUCAAACAAAUAUUGAACAACAAGAAAAAAAUGAAAUAAAUAAUAAUAAUAAUAAAAAUCAAUUUUAUGUUAAAGUACCAGAAUUAACAGAGAAAUCUAAAUUAUUAAAUGAUGAACAUAUUAGAUGGAUAUCAAGAUAUUUACCAGAUGAUUCAUAUAGGGAAACAUGGAAAUUAUUAUUUUCAUCAUCAAGGGAUGGUCAUUCAUUCAAUAGAUUUCAACAUCAUUCAACAGAGAAAGGCUCGAUUAUUGUCAUUGUAAAGGAGGAGGGUGAGGAAGGUCAUAUCUUUGGUGGAUUUUGUGACGAAAAUUUAAAAAUUAAGUAUCCAAAAUUCUAUGGAAAUAAAAAUAAUUUCGUUUUCACAUUGAAGCCUGAGAUUGAGAUAUUCCGAUCCACAGGCCUAGAUCAAUGUUUUCAAUAUUUCAAUGCAGAUUCUAAAACAUUAUUCAACGGUUUUGCAAUGGGUGGUGAACUUUUAUAUGCAUUCUCUAUAGAUCACCUAAUGGAAAAUGGUGAAAGUAAAGGAUCUGAUGAAAUAUUAAGUAAUGGUGAUGGUAAACCAAGAGCAAGCACCUAUGGUAACACUAUGUUAUCCUCACAAGCGGAAUAUAAAAUUGAAUAUGUUGAAGUGUAUGGUUGUAAAGAUUUAGAGUUAACAGAGGAACAGAUUUUAAAUAUUCAAUAUCAAAAUCGUAAUAAAAAAGGUGGCAUCACUGGUGCCGGUCAAAAAUCAGUAUUAAGAGAUGAAGAUAAUGCUGAUAAAGUUAUUAAAGGCAUGAUGGGUGAUCAUGAAUUUACAAAUUAUCAUGAAGAUAUAAAUGAAGCAAAUAAAGAUAAGAAAAUUACAACUCCAUUACAUAAAUAA